UCAUGAAGUAUGAAAAAUUUCUCGAACUCCAUGAACGUUGGUUAGAUGAGAAUUUUAGCGGGAACUAAAAUUAUUUUCUCGUUUUCUUCUGUUAAGUUUAUUUUAAUUUUAGAAACAGCGUCCACCAGCGUGUACCGGUUGUCAUGGCAGCACAGAUGGCAGCCUCCUAGCAGACUAAUUUCAAAUUUCCUAGAGAGGCAAAAGAGGUUCAUUUUCAGUUUUACACUUGAUUUGAAUAGGAUAGGUACGAUAAGUGUUGCGCAUGCUCUGUUUUACAUGCCCACAAGUUUCGUUUUGAUUCAACGUAAAUUGUGAUUUGACCUGUCAUGAUGUAAACUUCUCUAGUUUGCUGUGUUUCAACGUAGAUUAAGCCAUCAUUAAACUUUUGUGGCUAUUUAACCUUCAAAGGUAGUCUCUGGUGCCCUACAAUGGAGUCCCAGUUUGGAAUUGUUGAUUAUGUGGUCCUCGCGGCGAUGCUCACCAUCUCAUCAAGUAUAGGCCUGUACUUCCGAUUCAGUGGUGGACGCCAGAAAACUAAUUCUGAAUUCAUGUAUGCUGACGGAAGACUUAGUGCCUUUCCUUUAGCGUGCUCCUUGAUGUCAAGCUUCAUAUCAGCUGUCACCAUAUUAGGUGUCAGUGCUGAGAAUUACUCAUAUGGAACCAUGUUUGUUGUUAAUAAUGUAGCCUAUGCAAUUGGCGUACUUAUUUCGACAUUUUUGUUUGUACCUGUGUAUUUUAAUGCUGGUGUUAAUGGAGCCUAUCAGUAUCUUGACAAAAGAUUUGGGAAAGCAACAAGACUAACAGGGUCAGUAGCGUAUUCCUUCCAAAUGGUUUUGUACAUGGGUAUGGCUCUUUAUGCUCCUGCGUUGGCACUGGAGACAGUUACAGGAAUGUCAAAGUUUUAUGCCAUUUUGGGGGUGGGUCUCAUUUGCACAUUCUACUCUACAAUGGGUGGUUUAAAAGCUGUUGUAUUUACAGAUGUCUUUCAGUCUUUAAUAAUGUAUGCUGCUGUUAUGAGUGUUAUAGUAGUGGCAUGGAUAGAGAAGGGAAGUUUAUCAGAAAUUUGGCGCAUUGCUGAGUCUCAUGGUCGCAUUGAGUUCAACAAUUUCAGUUUGGAUCCUACUGUCAGGCACACAUGGUGGGGCAUUAUUCUUGGUGGCACAAUCACUAAUCUUGCAGUUUAUUCAGUUAACCAAGGACAAAUCCAACGUUAUAUAUCUGCAGGAACGCUGAAAACAGCUCAAAACUCUCUGUUGUUAAACUGGCCGAUGUUAUCCUGUCUCAGUUUACUUACAAGCUUUGCUGGUCUAGCUAUAUUCUCUAAGUAUGCGAGGUGCGAUCCUUUCAUGACCUGCAAGAUAGAUCGAUCUGACCAGCUCAUGCCUUAUUUUGUGGUGAACUCCAUGCAACAUAUUCCUGGCUUAUCUGGACUGUUUGUUUCUGGGAUCUUUAGUGCAGCCUUGAGCACUAUAUCUGCUGCAAUGAACUCAAUGGCUGUGGUUACUUUAGAAGAUUAUAUCAAGCCUCUUUACAAAAAAAUGAGAGGAAAGAGCUUCCCUGAACAUACUAGUUUGUAUGCAAAGCUUGUAUCUGUCAUGUACGGCUUUGUGUGUGUAUUUUUUGCAUUUAUCGCAGACGGCUUAGGAAGUGUUUUACAAGUAUCGCUCACAAUUUUGGGAGUAGUUGGCGGGCCAACAGUUGGCUUGUUUACUCUUGGGAUGGUUUUUCCUACAGCAAACCAGCCUGGGGCUCUGAGUGGUUUCAUCACUUCCCUUUUAAUCACAUUUUGGCUUGGUUUUGCUGAUAAACCUGCUCCCAUCAAACUGCCAACUUUUUCUGAUGGCUGCCCCGAAACAACAUUUGGAAACAUGACAUUACCUCAGCUGGAUUGCUCAUCAGCACUUAACACAAAGAGGUCGCCGGAUGAAUACUUUUACCUGUAUCGACUCUCCUAUAUGUGGCUGAGUGUUUUUGGAUUUGUGAGUUGUGUGGUGGUAGGCCUGGUUGUGAGUUGGGUCAGAAACAUUUUUGGCAAGAAAUCUCUCAAGAGACCUGACCCAUCCCUUUUCAUACCCCCGGUGGCAUUCUACCUGAAAAGGAAAUACCAAAUAAAUGAAAGAUUUCUGGAAGAAACAAAAGCUGCCUUUGAAAUGAAGGACAAAAUAGCAGAAGACAAAACUGACACUGAAGAGUUAAAACCGUGCCUCUCUGUCUCUGCUUGAACUCUGAACUUAAUAAGGCACAUAUUUAGAUUGCCUUAUUGUUACCUUUUGAGUUUUUAUAAUUUAUUUCUUUUACAUUAUUUUGUUUGAAUGGUUUGUUGGAAAACGUUUGGUAGACUGAGUGUAAUUGUUGGUUUUGGAAAUUUAUUUUAUAAGAGGGCUGGUUCCCUAUUUCUCUCUUGUUAAGUGUUAUUUCUCUCAGCUUCCACCCCUUAAAAUGUUUAUUGGAGUAAAGAGGCUUCUUUGUUUGGACCCUUUAUGAAGUUAAGUCAUCUCAUUGUAUUUGUGAUAAAUCUACUCAUCAGUAUUUUUAAAUACGUGUGUUCAUAACUUUUUACUAUUUUUCUAUCACUUGAAUUCUACUGCAAUACAGUACUAGUUUCUCAUGAUCAAAUAUUUUCUUAAAUAAGCUCUCUGACAUUUUUAUAGAAAUGUGUGUUACUGGUAAGAGGUUGUUGCUCAAAGUUUUUGAAAUAUUUAUUUUUUUGUGGUGCAAUAAAUACCUAUUGAUUGUUA